CCGUGCGCGAGCUCGACCCAGUUUGAAAGUGAACCAACGGCUCCAGUCGCAGCUCCGACCAGCAACAACAACAAGACGCCGUGAACCCGAACCCGAAACCCUGAACCCCGAGCCUGCAGCCGGCCCCCCGACGAGCCGUCAGUAUGAUGCGUAAAGACCACAACAAGCCGAAGGGGAAGACGUCGGCGUAUGCCUUCUUUGUCCAGACGUGUCGAGAGGAACACCGGAAGAAGAACCCCGAGCAGUCGGUCAACUUCGCCGAGUUCUCCAAGAAGUGCUCUGAGAGAUGGAAGGCUCUGUCUCCCAGUGAUAAGAAGUGUUUUGAGGACAUGGCGAAAGCCGACAAGGUUCGUUACAACAGGGAGAUGAAGGACUACGUCCCCCCCAAGGGCUUCGGCAAGAGGGGCCGCAAGAGGAAAGACCCCAACGCCCCCAAACGGCCCCCGUCUGCGUUCUUCGUGUUCUGCAGUGAGUACCGUCCCAGCGUGAAGCAGCAGUACCCGGGCCUGUCUAUAGGCGACUGUGCCAAGAAGCUGGGCGAGAUGUGGAGCAAGCUGUCCCAGGCCGACAAGCAGCCCUACGAGGAGAAGGCCCAGAAGCUCCGCGAGAAGUACGACCAGGAGAUGGUGGCGUACCGCGGCGGCGGGACGUUUGCCAGAGGCCCCGGCUCCUCGGCCCAGGGAGGAGAGGAGGAGGAGGAGGAGGAGGGCGAGGAUGAAGACGACGACGAAGAUGACGACGAGUAGAAACACCAAGCCUGAGGCUGACUGUGUGUGUGUGUGUGUGUGUGUGUGUGUGUGUGUGUGUGUGUGUGUCAGAGUGUCAGAGUGACCCUGGUGCUCUCAGCAGACGGGCCUGGCAGCAGGUCAGAGGUCAGUGGGGCGGGGCUUGUACCUGCUGCAGGUGAAGGAGCAGCUGUGACUGAGUCAAACAGGAAGCAGAUGUGAGGAGUUUCUUGUUUUUGUUUUUCUGUGCGCUUACAAACAAACAUCUUGACGAACCUGUGCAGGUGAGUGGAGAGUGGGCGGAGCUUCAAUCUGCUCUGGUUCUCACCUCCUCCCUGCUCACGACCUUUUCAGCUCAGAACCUUCUGGGCCGCGUGUGCCCUGAGGGGGCGGGGCUUCAGGAGUGGGAGGAGCUUCCAGAGGGUAGGGUGAAGUGUCAAAGGUCAUGUAGUGUCACAGGUUCCAGGCCCCGCCUACAACUCCACCCUCUGCCUGUCUGUCUGCUGAGAGAGAGACAAGUCACCCUGAACACACACCUGACUGACUGAAACAGAGUGUGUGUGUGUGUGUGUGUGUGUGUGUGUGUGUGUGUGGGGGACAGAGACAGUGUAAAGAGUGUGAUGCCUUUCAGUAAAGUGUGUGUGUGUGUGUGUGUAUGUGUGUACAUGCGUGUGUGUGCGUGGUGUGUGUGUGUGUGUGUGUGUGUGUGUGUGUGUUAGUGCAGAAGUCAUCAGAUAUGUAAAACUGUCUGGCCAACAAGACCAGAGGAUAGUAGAGUAAAACCCCUCCCCUCCCACUGUUACCAUGGAAACCUCUGCACCCCCGCUCCCCAGUGUACCUCCCUCCCUCCCCCCACCAAGCCAGCAGAAUUCUGAUUGGUGGAUCCAGUAUCAGUCAAAUACUACGGCAGUACUACUGUGCUGUAGUACCAGUGCAGUAGUACUGCAGUAGUACUGUGGUACUGAUGCUCCAGCACUCAGAGCUCUGCCUGCUGCUCUUCAUCAUCAUCAUCAUCGUCAUGUUCUUGUUUUUUAUUUUCUUACUUGAGAGUUUCUGUUCCAAGUUUCACUGUCAGAGUAGAGACGUUCAACUUUUAUAAUAAAACAACGACUGAGAAAACACAA